CGCCCAUUGGAGGAGACGCACCGGCAACGUGUCCCUGUCAUGGCAGCUGCGUUCUGCCUGGUUCCUUGAGCAGAUGGCCAUAGGCAGGCAGCGCCUUACUUCCUCUGCGUGGACCGACGAAAUGCUUUGACUGAUGCAUUUAAAGAGACCCGCAGCUGGUCUCGCCUUCUGCUUGUUCUUCUUGGCCUCUUAUUUCACCAACAAGUAUGUCUUGUCUGUCUUGAAAUUCACCUACCCUACUCUUUUCCAAGGAUGGCAGACACUAGUUGGUGGAUUUCUCCUACACAUUUCCUGGAAGAUCGGCUGGGUGGAAAUCUCCAUCAGCUCAAGGUCAGAUGUUCUGUCGUGGCUUCCAGCUUCUGCACUUUUUGUGGGCAUUAUUUAUUCAGGUUCCAGGGCCUUAUCCAGAUUGCCAAUUCCUAUCUUUCUUACCUUACACAAUGCUGCAGAAGUUAUAACAUGUGGAAUCGAAGCAUUUGUGCAGAAAGAGCAGAUAUCUUCCAUUAAAAUAUGUAGAGUGCUGACUCUUCUGGUGGCAGCAGGGUGCCUUCCUUUGUAUGAUCCACAGUUUGAUACAGAUGGCUACUUUUGGGCAUUCAUACAUGUGCUGUCUGUUGGUGCUUACAAUGGUUAUCACAAGUCAUGGAACCCUAGUUCUCUAAGUAUCUCAGAGCAACAAUAUAUAAACUAUGCAUUCAGCAUGGUGAUGUUGGCUUUUGCAUCCCACCCAACAGGGGAUCUCUUCAGUGCCUUGGAAUUUCCAUUCCUCUACUUUUACAGGUUUCACAGCAGUUGUUUUGCCAGUGGAGUACUGGGAUUUUUUCUGGCUCUUCAUACCAUGAAACUUAAAAACAGCACAUCAGUUGGACAGUAUGCAGCUUGGAACUUCCUAGCAAAGGUUAUCACAGCUGGCCUAUCUCCAUUCUUCUUUGAAAUUACAGUGAAUGUACCUACCAUCUGUUGCCUUUUUCUUGCGGGAUUUGCAGAAGUCUUGCUUCUCUACACUGAAAGGAAUGGCACGUGAAUGCAAGGGUCGGGGAAGAUGAAGAAAAUAGUGAAAUAAUUUUCAUCAGAAGUAACACUGACAAUGGCUAAAAAGAGAAAGUAAAUGUGAAAAAUAACAGGAGAUGGAGUGCAGGCAGGCAAUUUUUGCACACUGCAGUCCUAUACAUGUCUAUUGAGAGGGAAGACCUGUUGAACACAAUGGGACUUGCUUCUAGGUAAUAGUGUAUAGGAUUACAGUCUUAAUGCCUCCUUCUUACUUUUUCUGCACAAUGUGGUGAAUAGAAAGAUGAAGUUUGAUUAAUGUUUUUUCAGCUGAACUACAUUGUAGGAGCUCAGCUAGGCUGGAAUCUUUCUCUCCUUAAAAUUAUUUACACAUUCCAUGCUGUAUAAAACACUUCAAUACUACUCUGGUCAGUGAUUAUGACCUCUUUAUGAGAAGAUGGAAUAUCAGACUAUAUUCUUCCUUAUGGAAGAGAAUUAGCAAGUCUCUGCCAAAUUCCAGGGUGGCAGUAUUUCAUUUUAACCCAGAGCACACGUUAUUAGUAUGUUUACUCCUUCCCUGUGUGGUAUCCAAUGCUGACAACAGCGACAACAAAAACUGAAGAAGGAAAAGCAUGGAGGAAUUGUGGAUUACAUGGGAUAGUACGUUGCAAUUACUAUACAUAUCUGGCCUCCCAUACCUUUGAUAUAUUGACAUCUUGUGAGACCCGUCCUCCUCACACCCUAUUUACUGUACCUGGUUACUUCAGGAAAGUAAGUAGAAGAUAGGGGAAAUCUGACUGGGUUUGAAAACAGUAGCGUCUAAUCCAAACUAUGAAACAACUGAAGCCACCACAGGGCUUUUAAAAAGACAUGGUGUUAUGCUAUUAUGAGUGCGCUAUUAUCUCUAUCAUUUUUCACCACUGAAUAAGGUGGCCGAGAUUGAUGGGACCUGGAAUUCAGAGACACCUGAAGACUUAAAGAUUUCUGAGCCCCAAUGACGAGAGAGAGAAACCUGCGCUGUGCUAAAGUCACCUUUGAUGUCAUGACUAUUUGAAGAUUAAGUGAUUAAGUUUUAUACCUAUGCAUACCCGAGUAGAAGGAAUUCCUGUUUGCCUUGAGUUUAAGCACAUGGAGGAUUGACAUGGAUGAGCCAUAUUCUAUGAAAGCAAAAGCAAUGUCUGAAAUGUCUUGUAAGAAAGUACCCAUUCUGUAGGAUAUUCCCUUCCUUGAGUUGCACAUUGCUCUCUGGGAGGGAACUAAAUAUCUACCACUGCUUCAUAGCACAAGAAAAGUUUUCUUUUUUAUGGAACAUGUAUGUAUUUGGGAACUGUGGUAGGGACCAAAGGCUGAGUGACCUUAAGCACUGUGAACACACUGUUCUAUCUGAAGUAAAUCUAAUUGUAACCAGCAUAGAUUUGAUUUAUUCACCAGUAAGUUGGAGCUAUUGGAAGUCUUCCAAUGCUUCCACCUUCAGUUCUACUCUCUGCUUUAUGCUGCCAGAGGUCAGAGUCUGACUUGUUUAGUUCAAGAUUGAGACAUUUGUUCUCACCAUGUUCUCAUCAGAGAACAAGAAACCACAAUCCGAUGCGUGUCCAGGGGCCCAUGAAAAGCCCAGCUACAAUUCUUUUACUACAUGAAAGCUACACUGAAUAUAAAAUCAUUAACAAAUCAUUCUUA